AUGGGAAUCACUCUCCAUGCAACGGUAGCGGAAGCUCUCUCUCACCGCCAACAACCGCACAUAGUGGAACACCUGAAUCAGUUCGAGACAGCUCUGGCAAACAUUCGCAGCAGAGGACUUGUCGAAGAAGCAGAUGUAGUCCUCUGGAAAGGCAAAGGUGGUCAAUUCAAGACAAAGUUCACCACCAAAGAAACCUGGGAGAAUACUCGACACCCGAGGCAGAGGGUGUCGUGGGUGGCGGAAGUCUGGUUUUCUCACGCCACGCCAAAGUUCUCUUUCAUUGUUUGGUUAGCCACUCUUAAUCGCUUAGCAACCGGAGAUAGGAUGCAACACUGGCACGCGCAGGUAGAUAUCUCCUGCUCUUUGUGUCAUGCACCGCUGGAAACAAGAAACCACCUCUUCUUCUCUUGUCCCUACUCGACUGCAGUUUGGACUGGUCUCACCUCGAAGCUCCUAGCACACCAGUUCUCCACAGACUGGACAACAAACUUGGCUCUUCUCACAGACACUUCCUUGGAGAAGACAACUCUGUUCUUACCGCGGUAUGCUUUCCAGGCAUCCAUCCACACUCUUUGGAAAAGACGAAAUAAUCGCCGCCAUGGGGAACCAUCGGUACUACCUGCUCUGUUUCUUAAACAUUUGUACAGUCUUAUCCGCAACCGGUUACUCUCUCUUCCAACUAACAGAGAUCACUUGGACUACAUGGCUAAGUGGUUAGCAACACGCUAA